GGUCUAAGUCUCGCGAGACCGGCGAGAAGCUGAGGGGUAGGGGGCGCUGGUGGGGAGAGAGGGGCUCUGGUCACGGGGAUCUCAGUGUCGCCGUGAAGGUGUCGGAGCGUUAACUGGUAUUUCACACCGGCCUCUUCCCCCUUUCUGCGCAGCGCCUGUGGGGUGGGUUAUGGAGGGCAGGCGCCUGCCCGCCCCGCCCCCCUUGUGAGCGACAUUCCCCCCUGCGAGCGGCCCCGGGACUUAUGCACCAGAGGCGGAUCCGGUCAAAAAGAAGAAAAUGAAAAUUUUCGCUGAGUCCCAUAAAACUGUGUUUGUUGUGGAUCAUUGCCCCUAUAUGGCAGAAUCUUGCAGACAACAUGUUGAGUUUGACAUGUUAGUGAAGAAUCGGACCCAAGGAAUUAUACCUCUGGCUCCCAUCUCAAAGUCGCUAUGGACCUGUUCAGUAGAAUCGUCUAUGGAAUACUGUAGAAUAAUGUAUGAUAUAUUUCCUUUCAAAAAACUGGUGAAUUUCAUUGUAAGUGAUUCUGGAGCUCAUGUCUUAAAUUCCUGGACACAAGAAGACCAAAACCUGCAGGAGUUAAUGGCAGCUCUAGCAGCUGUUGGACCACCUAAUCCUCAUGCAGACCCAGAAUGCUGCAGCAUACUUCAUGGACUGGUUACAGCAGUAGAAGCACUCUGCAAAAUUACAGAGUACCAACAUGAAGCCCGAACUAUGCUAAUGGAGAAUGCAGAGCGUGUUGGAAAUAGAGGAAGAAUAAUCUGCAUUACUAAUGCCAAAAGUGACAGCCAUGUUCGGAUGCUUGAAGAAUGUGUCCAGGAAACGAUUCAUGAACAUAACAAGCUUGCAGCUAAUUCAGAUCAUCUCAUGCAAAUCCAGAAGUGUGAAUUGGUCUUAAUCCACACUUACCCAGUUGGAGAAGAUAGCCUUGUUUCAGAUCGUCCUAAAAAAGAGCUUUCAUCUGUCUUAACCAGUGAAGUGCAUAGUGUCCGUGCUGGACGGCAUCUUGCUACCAAACUAAAUGUUUUAGUACAGCAGCACUUUGAUCUGGCUUCAACUACAAUAACCAAUAUUCCUAUGAAGGAAGAACAACAUGCUAACACAUCUGCCAAUUAUGAUGUAGAGCUUCUCCAUCACAAAGAAGCACACGUAGACUUUAUAAAAAGUGCAUGUCUGGCAGAAAGUAAGCGGUGUCAAAAAGAAAGAGGAUCUAAUAAGACAGGUGAUAAUCACAUAGGUGGUAAUAGCAGAGAGGGCACAUUUAAAGAAACAGUAACAUUAAAGUGGUGUACACCGCGAACAAACAGUGUUGAAUUACAUUAUUGCACUGGAGCAUACAGAAUUUCCCCUGUAGAUGUAAAUAGCCGACCAUCGUCCUGCCUUACUAACUUUCUUCUUAAUGGUCGUUCUGUUUUGUUGGAACAGCCACGGAAAUCAGGCUCUAAAGUAAUUAGCCAUAUGCUUAGUAGCCAUGGAGGAGAAAUAUUUUUGCACGUAUUAAGCAGCUCUCGAUCAAUUUUAGAAGAUCCCCCAUCAAUUAGUGAAGGAUGCGGUGGUAGAGUUACAGACUACAGGAUUACAGAUUUUGGUGAAUUUAUGAGGGAAAACAGAUUAACUCCUUUUCUAGAACCCAGAAGAAGUCUUGAGAUUCCUUUGGAACGAGCAAAAGAUCAGUUAGAGAAACAUACACGUUACUGGCCUAUGAUUAUUUCUCAGACUACCAUUUUCAACAUGCAAGCUGUGGUGCCAUUAGCCAGCGUGAUUGUAAAAGAAGCCCUGACGGAUGAGGAUAUACUGAAUUGUCAGAAAACCAUAUACAACUUGGUAGAUAUGGAGAGGAAAAAUGAUCCAUUGCCAAUAUCAACAGUUGGUACCCGGGGAAAGGGUCCAAAAAGAGAUGAACAGUACCGGAUUAUGUGGAAUGAAUUGGAGACCCUUGUUAGAGCACACACAAACAACUCUGAUAAACACCAACGUGUCUUGGAAUGCCUGUUGGCUUGUAGGAGCAAGCCACCUGAAGAAGAGGAGCGCAAGAAACGGGGGAGAAAGAGAGAGGAAAAAGAGGACAAGUCAGAGAAAUCGGGAAAAGAUUAUGAACCAGAUAAGCCCUGGCAGGAAUCGGAGAGGUUAAAAAGUGUAUUAGAUCGGGAAAAAGAGGAACUGGCUGAAGCUGAAAUCAUAAAAGACUCUCCUGAUUCUCCUGAGCCACCUAACAAAAAGCCUCUUGUUACAAUGGAUGAAAUGCCACCAGUAGAAAAGGCAAAAGGGCCUAUGUCCUUGCUGUCUCUGUGGAGCAAUAGGAUUAAUACAGCUAAUUCUAGGAAACAUCAAGAAUUUAUUGGUCGUUUGAAUUCUGUCAACAACAAAGCUGAGCUGUAUCAACAUCUCAAAGAGGAAAAUGGCAUGGAAACAACAGAAAAUGGAAAAGGCAGCCGACAAUGAUUGUUGAUUAAUAUUUUUUAAACAAGCUAAAGUUGGCCAAAAUGCAUAAUUAUUUUAUGCUGAAAUUUGAAGUUGAUAUCAUUUCAUUAAGAUUGUAUAGUUCUGUUGCUUUGGUUUUUACAUUUUUCUAAUUUUAUCCCUUUUCUAUGAGAUGUAGAAUCUACAUAUUACAUUAAAUGACUUGUGUGCAAAUGAGAUUGUUCUUCAAUUAUCUUACAUUGGAUUUUAGGAUACAAGCUUGUCCCCACCACUGUACGCACAAAUACACCCUUGAAAUGUCACAAUCUGUUUUCCAGGUCUUUUUUCUGGGAAAUAUUGGUAAAAAUGUGAAAAGCUUACAACAUUAAGAUUUUUAGGGAGAAAAACAGAACUCUGAAUUUGAACCUCUAGUUUCCUGACACAUUGCUAUGUUUUAAGAUGUAUGCAAAACCUCCCAGGAGGCCAAAAACUUAAGAGAACGGCUCUAAAAAGAAAAUGCAGACUUCUCAUUUAGAGUCCAUGCCUGGAGAAGAUGGCAUUUCUAGAUCAACAUUUGGGCGAGGGAAGGUUUUAAGAUCUUUAGUAGAGUAUAAUGAUGGGGUUGAGUGUGUGAACUUUUAGACAAGAUUAUUUUCAUUCAAGUAGCAAAGCUUUUCUAGUUGCUCUUUAUGCUGAAAUUAUCAAAACACAAUAAAAAUCCUUGCUUUCUAAAUGAGGUGUAAUUUUAAAAUUGUUCUAAUUGUUCAAAGAAUUUCUCCCAAUCUACUUCUGGCAACAGUUGGAAUACAAGAUUUUGAAGGCUAAUUUCUCCUCUGAAUGUACAGGUGAUACUCGAUCUGUGAUCUCCAUUGGUAGCUGUGGAAUAUCAAAUUAGAUGUUCUCCCUGAAACCAUUUUUUGAUUCCACCUCAAGUUCUUGGAUGGUGUGACUAGAUCUGUUACUUUUGUUCCCCCUGUUAGAAAGUGGGGCUCAUUUCUUUAUGGAUGACUGAAUGUCAGUCAGAGGGAAGAACUUGGGUACAAAAUAAGGCCUAGUCUAGAGAAUAGGAUCCAGACCCAUCAGUUUCCUUUUCUGUAUCUGUGCAGCAAAAUUAUCCUAUCCUUGAGAUGGAUUAUCCUUUUGUUCGAUAACAGCUGUUAGAAGAAACUAAGGGUCCCAUAUAUAUAUAUUAUAGAGCAGGACUGAUAUUCUGUGUUUUACUUCAGGCUUUUCUUCUGAAUAGGUAAGUAUAUCAUAUAGGCAUAUUUUAUCAUUUAAGAGUUCUGAAGGCCAUGCUUGAUGACCACUGGAUCAGAACACAAAUGUAAUUUGGGUACUUCUUCCUUAAAAUUGGUUACUGACCCAGGGAAGCAGCUUAUAUAGUUUCAAAGUCAUUGUAUAACAACUGAAAUGGAAUCAAGAAUAAAUGGUUUCCCUCCUGUUA